AUGCUCAAUUCUACAGGUGGACUCAGCAAUGACGCCGACGCAAACAUCGAAGGCAAUGAAAUUCAGAUUCCGAAAUCCUCAUUUGAUUUAUCCGACGAUGAGGAUGACGAGGUCGUCUUUGGCGAUGAUAACGAAGGGCGGGCUGAACCAUCCAAUGAAUCCAACGAAACCGAAAAAUUGAACCCAAACGCUAUCAAGAUUGCUCUAAUCAAAGAAUUAUCGCCGUUACGCAUAGAACUUUUGGAAAACACUACGAAAAUCCAGGACAUUAUCGACCAGAAUGAUAGAGAAGUCAACCUUGCUGUGGCACUGGACGACGAAGAAUUUAACGUCCUAGUGCCCAGCCAAGAAGAACAGUGA